GGUAAAAUAGUAGAUCAAGUUUGCCCUUCUAUGUAGACUUUCUAGUUCUUUGGAAUAACUUGUUAGGAAAAAUUUCGGAGUAGUUUGUUCGAAAAUUGUGAAAAAAUCAAAGGUGCGAUUUGAGGUGGCGUGGAAGAGAAGUCCUCGGUUGUGGAAAAGUUUCGACGCUUUCAAUUCUAUCCCCUCGGAAAUUCUCAAUUGCGCACGAAAGUAACGAGUCAUCUAGCAAAUCAAGAUGGCAGAAGGGCAAGAGAAUCGGAAGAAGAUUACUAUUAACGUUAAAACGCCGAAAGAAAAACAGAGCGUUCAAAUAGAGGAAGAUGCAACGAUUAAAGAUUUUAAAGUAGCGGUCUCGAAGAAGUUUAACGCCCAGGUUGAACAAUUGUGUUUGAUAUUCUCGGGGAAGAUUAUGAAAGAUCAUGAAACACUUGCUACACAUAAUGUCAAGGAUGGUCUUACCGUACAUUUGGUUAUCAAAGCACCUCGCACUCCGACCAAUCAAACUCAAGAUUCUGUGCCCUCUCAGAGACCACAAGUUACAGCUGAUAUAAGUGCCAGUCCUUUCGGUCUUGGUAGCUUAGGUGGACUCAUGGGGUUAGAGUCCCUUGGAUUAGGUUCCGCUAAUUUUAUAGAUUUACAGCAACGUUUGCAACGCGAAUUGUUGUCCAAUCCGGAAACUAUGCGUCAAGUUCUUGAUAAUCCUUUGGUGCAGAGUUUUAUGAAUGAUCCAGAGAAUAUGCGCAAUUUGGUUACAACUAAUCCCCAAAUGCAGGAACUUAUGCAAAGUAAUCCAGAAAUUAGUCAUAUGCUGAAUAAUCCAGAACUUUUAAGACAAACAAUGGAGUUAGCUCGCAAUCCAUCUAUGUUACAAGAGUUGAUGCGCUCACAUGAUCGUGCUCUAUCUAAUCUUGAGAGUAUUCCUGGUGGAUAUAGUGCUUUGCGUCGCAUGUACAGAGAUAUUCAAGAACCCAUGCUCGCCGCUGCAGCAAAUGAGCGUAAUCCUUUCGCAGCAUUGGUAGAAAAUAGCAACAAUCAAGAUGGACAAACUAAUCCACAGCAAGGCCAAGAAAAUAGAGACCCAUUACCCAAUCCUUGGAGUCAAAAUCAGAAUGAAUCUUCUACUCCAGGUCAACAGCAAGGUCAGGGUAGAGGUCUUUUAGAUUCGCCUGGAAUGCAAAGUCUUAUAGCACAAAUGAUUGAGAAUCCUCAAUUAAUGAGAAAUAUGUUAAAUGCCCCAUAUACAAGAUCCGUAUUGGAAGCUAUGGCAGCUGAUCCAGCUAUGGCCAAUAGAGUGAUAGCGGCAAAUCCAUUCCUUAGGUCGAAUCCACAAAUGCAAGAACAAAUGCGCGCUAUGAUGCCUGCUUUUAUACAACAAAUGCAAAAUCCACAAAUGCAAAAUGUUGUCUCUAAUCCAGAUGCUUUGGCUGCUAUUAUGCAAAUUCAGCAGGGUAUGGAACAAUUAAGAACCGUUGCACCCGAACUCGUUGAAAAUUUUGGACUAACUGUACCUAGUGCACCAACAACUACAGGAACUCCAGCUACCACAAGCUCAACCCCUACGACAGGACGAACAACAGAUUCAAAUCAACAGGAUGCAUUCUCUCAAUUUAUGGCUCGCAUGGUAUCGGCAAUGGCACUAAAUCAAGGAGUAGAAGCUGAGGGACAACCUACACCACCACCAGAAGAACGUUACAGAGCACAAUUAGAACAACUGACAGCUAUGGGUUUUGUGAACAGAGAUGCUAAUUUACAAGCAUUGAUUGCUACUUUUGGAGAUAUAAAUGCUGCUGUUGAGAGAUUACUGGCUAAUGGACAAGUAUCUAUGAGCUAACCACCAAUCUGCAAUACUGUUAUUCCAUUACUAUCUUUAAUUAUAUCCUUAUUUACCUCUUAUGACUGGUAUGAAGAAAGAUACACGAGGUAACUGGCUAUUGAAAAUUAUAAACUUCUAAUCUGAAUCUUGACAGAAUACAUACUACUGACACGUUUAA